AUGGCGCAUAUAGCCCCGAACAAUGACAUUAUUUCAGAUGAGGUUAUAGUUUUCUCUGAAGAUCCUCGAAUUCAGGAAUUACAAUCAUGUCAAGUGAUAUUCCCCAAUCUUGAUAUUGAUUAUGGAGGAUUAAAAGGAUGUUUAGCUAUACCAUUUACUAUUGAACAUGGGUUAGAUAUUAAUUUAUCUGUAAAUUCUAAAGUUACUGAAACGGUUAAACUUCAUAAUUUACCAGCUAUGAUAUUAAAUUUUCAAUUACCAGAAGAAUAUCCUGAUGAUAAACCUCCAAAAUUAUAUAUUAAAUGUAAUUUACUUACAUCAAAUCGUAUUAAACAAUUAGAAUUGGCAUUAUAUGAUAUAUGGAAUGAUAUGAAAGAUCAUGUAUUAUUUUCAAUGAUAGAUUAUCUUCAUGAUAGAAUUCAAAAUCAUGUAAUGGAUUUAAUUGCUAAUCCUUAUGAAAUAAUAGAUGCUCAAACUUAUUUGGAACUUAUAAAUUUUGAUAGAACUAUUAAACAACAAGAGUUUGAAAAUAAAACUUUUUCAUGUGAGAUUUGUCAACAAGAUUAUAAAGGUAUAAAAUGUGAAAUUAUUGAAUCAUGUGGUCAUGUAUUUUGUAAUGAUUGUUUAUAUGAUUAUUUUUCAUCUUGUAUAAUAAGUGGAGAUGUAUCUAAAAUUCAUUGUCCUGAUUUUGAAUGUACUAAGAAAUAUGUGGAAAAUAAUAAGAAAUUAGUGGAUCUGACUAAAUCUCAAUUAAAUCCUCUUCAAAUAAAUCAAAUUAUGAAAUCUUUAUUAUUACCUACUUUAUCUAUAAAUUUCUUAUCUAAAGUAUUACUUCGAGAUAAAUCACAAGAUUUAGUUAAAAGAUAUUAUACAUUAUUUAAAGAAGAAAGGUAUGAUUUAAUCAGUAAUAUAUUUCCUCAUAGACUUAUACCAUGUCCAAGAACAGGAUGUGAAGAGAAAAUCUUUCGAGAGAAUAUGUUAGAUAAUUUAAUGAAAUGUCCUAAAUGUAAAUAUGCCUUUUGUGCCAAUUGCUUUCAUUCAUAUCAUGGAGAUUAUAAACCUUGUGCAACAAUCGCUGGUUCAGAUUGGUAUAAUGGAGUUAAUGUUGAACAUAUUAAAAUAUAUAUGGAACUGUCAGAAACUGAUCCUGAAUAUAUUUCAAUUGCAUCUCAUUAUGGUAAGAAAAAGAUGUUAAGAGUGGUUAAAGAAUAUGAAAUGGAUUUAUUAUUCAAACAAUUCAAAGAAGAAAAUGAUGUUUGUGAUUGUCCAAAAUGUAAAACUCCUAUAGAAAGAAUUGAUGGAUGUAAUAAAAUGGAAUGUAAACGUUGUUUAAGUAGUUUUUGUUUCUUAUGUGGAGAAUCAAUUCAUGAUUAUAGUCAUUUUAACGAACCUUCAUCAAAUUGUUAUAAUCUUUUAUUCUUUGGAGCUCCUGGACAUGAUGAAAUUGUCUGGUAG